AUGGCAACGGCCGCCCUCUACCAUUACCGCGUUGCCCUCCUAACAUACAAGUACGGUGCCAACGCGAGCGGUUCGCAUAUCUUGCAGACCCGCCCCCCACUGUCGUCAACCACCCACAGCGCGACCAUGAGUGACGUUUCCUGGCCGUCCGACUCCGACAGCGACGGAAAGCCGCCUGGGUGGUGCCACUGGUGGGAAAGGGAACCACCGCGGAGCGCCGAUCACUCGGACGAUGCUGACGAGGAGGAGGACGCCGCGGACGAGGAGGAGCACGCCGCCGAUGACGAGGACGAGGAGGAACAUGCCGCUGACGACGAGGACGUCGAGGAACCCGCCGCCGAUGAUGCGGAAGAGGACGAGGACUCCGACGCGAAGUGGGCGCGGCUGGAGGAGGCCUUGGCCGCCGAUGAGAAGGCGGCCGCGAAAAAGAAGGCUCGCGCAAAGAAGGUAGCCGUGGCGCGGGCCGCGGUGACUGACGAGGAGGAGGACUACGACGGCUCGUCGGAGUACUCCUCGUCAGAUGAUGACUCCUCGGAGUCCGCCUCGUCGGACGACAACUCCUCGUCGGACAAGGCUUCUCGCAAACGGGGGCGCCAGGACGACGACGAGGCAGAGUCGUCCUACAAACCUUCCAAGUAG